UAUGGCUGUGGGUUCACCCAAUGGUGUACUGAGUCACUGUUUUCAACUGGCAUUAAGGAAAUUACGAGAAAUUGAAGGAAAAAAUGGUUCGCUCUUGUUGUUAUCCGGGUUGUGGCAGGAAAAUGAAGACAUACACCACUGAAAGUUUUCAUAGGAUACCUCUACAUGACAAAGUCUUUAGGCUGUGGCUUGAUGUGUUGCAACUUGAUGUCAACACGCCUAUCCCCACACUGAAAGAGCAUGAUUACCGUGUGUGUAGUGCACAUUUUGACCCAGAUGACUUCCCUGAAAGAGGCCAAGAUCAGCCAACGAAAAGAUCUCGUCUGCGGAGAGGUGCCAUACCAAAAGCGGCGCAACUUACACCCGGGGAGACCACAGCCGAUGAUGUUGCCAGAUCCACCCGUGUCCCAAGACUAGUUCUGUCCAGUCCACUCUCCUCCUCAUCCUCCACACUGCAAACACACACCAGGCAACCAGCUACUGGAGCACGACCUCUUCUCUGGAAGCAAGCAGUGUUGGAUGAUGGGCCGUCCUCUCCUGUUGCCAUGUCAACCCCUGAGAGUCCCCCGAGUCUGCUGCUAACGGUGGAGGAGAUCACUGACUGUGCCAACGGAAAUGUGUGGAACACUGUACACCGGGAACACGCAUACGCAGUGCAUCAGAGUGUUGAAGAGCCUCUGGUUUCCCACGACAACGGAAUGGAACAGGCGGAGACAAACCAGCACACAGAAAUGAUAACAGAACCAACAGAAGCAGAUAACCACAGGGAUAAGCCAUCUGUCAGAUCUGAGAAGACUGGUGCGAAGAGGGAGGUGCUGGUGCAAGUGUCCUGUCUGCUGCAGCUGUUUGACAGGUGUUCUGGGUGUGGUGUGGAGUCGUGUAGUCUGUGGUCGUGGAGUAACGGGCAAGUGUUUCAUGUGACCCAACAAUGCAGGACGUGCCAAAACAUUAAGAAGUGGGCAAGCCACACUGAAGACAGCCAACAGGUAUCCAACGAGGUGUCGGUCCAGACAGCAGCAGGAGAGGAGGAGAUAAAAGAGGAAGAGGGAGAGCUUCAAGGACAUGGUUGCCCAGGUGACACCAGAGUUCUAAAGUUCUACAAUGGUUGCCCAGACACCCUGGUGGCAUUAAAUAGCCCUGAGGGAGAGGAUGAGGAGGAAGAGGAUGAGGAAGAUGAGGAGGAUGAAGAAGAUGAGGAGCAGGAGGAGGAGAAGGAGUUGCCCAGAGAGGAGCAGCGCGGGGCGGGCAAGAGGAGGCGAUGGCACCCCCUAUUACUUCUGGAGGAACAACUUCUGCUGGAGCAUGGAGAAGAGGAGGAGGAGAAUAGAAGGGAGGAAUGGGAGAGGAGAUGGAGGUGA